AUGGAUGAAAUUAAACUAAGUGAUGAUGUAUUUGAGCAAAUAAAAGAUUUUGAUCAUUAUUUCUUGACUGAAGAACAAAAAUCGUUAAUUGAUAAAUUAAUAACAGACGAAAAUUUAAAAGAAUGUUAUAAGCAAUAUGGUUUAUGUAAAAUUUGUAAGCAGCCUGAAACUUAUUAUUUUUAUUGUCAGCCAUGUAAUAUUAAUAAGUUUCAAUCAAAUUUCAAAAAUUGGACAAGUGGAAAUCAUGACGUUGAUGAAUUUAUUCAAAAAGCACAAUUAAAUGCUAAAAAAUAUUAUCAAAUCAUAGAAUGGAUUGAAUAUGAUAAAUUUGAAGAUGUUGAAUAUUUAGCAAAAGGGGGAUUUGGAACUACUUUUAAAGCAGUUUGGAAAGAUGGUCCUUUUCUGGAAUUAAAUUAUAAAAAUAAUCAAUGGUUAAGAGAUGGUAAAACGAAAGUUGCUUUAAAGUGCUUACAUAACUCACAAGAUAUUACAGCAGAUUUUUUAAAAGAAGUUGAAUCAAUGUUAGUAUGUCAAUCUGGAAGAUAUGGAUGGGUAGUUAGUUGCUAUGGUAUUACCAAAGAUCCGAAAACAAAUAAUUUUAUGAUGGUGAUGAAAUUAAAAGCUGGUAGUUUAAGACAACAUUUAAAUGACAACUUCAUUUCACUGGGUUGGAAGCAAAAGAUACAUAGUUUACUAGGUCUUGCAAGUGGUCUUAAAGAUAUUCAUAAUAAAGGAUUAAUUCAUCAUGACUUUCAUUGUGGGAAUAUAUUAAGCAAUUUUGAUCGUGAAGCUUAUAUUACUGAUUUGGGAUUGUGUCAACCGGCAAAUGUUAAAUCCUCUCAAAAUAGUAAUAAAAAAAUAUAUGGGGUAUUACCUUAUGUAGCUCCAGAAGUUUUAAGAGAAAAAGAAUAUACUCAAAAAAGUGAUAUUUAUGGAUAUGGAAUUAUUGCAUACGAAAUUUGUACAGGUUUCCCUCCUUAUUAUGAUAUAGCUCAUGAUGGAUUCUUAGCAAUGAAAAUUUGUAAGGGGUUGAGACCAAAAUGUGAUUAUAAAAUCCCUCAACUAAUUGUUGAUAUAAUUAAUCAAUGUUGGGAUGCAGACCCUUUAAAACGACCUAGUGCAGUUGAAAUAUUUAAUUUCAUGUAUGAACUAUAUUCAGAUAUUGAAAACAAUAAAGUGGAUUCUGUUAUUUAUGGGCAAGUUAAAGAAGCAGAUGAAAUUAAUAAAAAGUCAUCUUUUCCAGUUCAAUUACCAUUAUCAUCUACAAGCACACUUUCAUAUAUGACACAUCCUCAAGCAGUUUACACAAGUAGACUUUUAAAUUUUAAUAAUCUUCCAGAACCCAUGAAUGCUGACAAUGAUGAUUUAGAAUAUUCAGAUUCUACAAGAAUAGAUCUUACUAAACUUGAUAUUAAUUCUAAAGAUGAAAGUAGUUGAACACAGUUACUUUAAAAUGAGAAUAUUUAAAAUGUAGUAAAAUACCUAUAAUUUAUCCAUUUUUUUAUUUAUUUAUUUUUUAUAUUUAUUAUGAAUUUGAUGGGAGAUUAAGGAUAAUGGUAUAAUGUUAUUCUAGGACGUUUAAUGGAAAUAUAGUAAGACUCAUAUCAAUUAUUAUUCAUGUCCGAAAAAAUUAAAGGUUAACAUUGUAAUAAAAAUU